AUGUUACGUGAGCUAUUAACCAUGACGCCACAAUUGGAAACGAUCAAUAUCCCUCAUCUUCCUAAUGCGCCAGUGCAUGUGGCAUUGUACCGGAAUGUGGAGAAUUCUGCCUCUUUGCGCCAGCAGCUUCUUGCUGGUAAUGCCGAUUUUGAAUAUGCACUAAUUGAUGCGAGCAUGGUUUUGUCAUGUCAACAUGCAAUUGCAGCUAUAUUUAGAGCUGUCAAUGACUACUUGAACAAUCGUCUGAAAUCCCACAAUGUGCAUUCGGAGAUUGUUAUCUCCUUCAGCCCCGCUACUAAUAUCGCUGAAUCAUUUCGCAAAUUUGGCAUUACUGACUCCACCAAGGAUUUGUUGGUGGUGAAAGUCUCCGUCUCCUCGGAGAUAACUCAUGACUCCGUUGCCGCACAUCUGGAAAGUUCUGUGGUCGGAACCUCUGUGCCUUUCGACGACCAGUCACUUUCAGAGAUUUCUGAUAUUACCAAGAUCAAAAAGGCCUACAAGCUUGGCGCAUUGCCUUCCUUUGGUACAAAAAUAGAUCGUGCACAGACUAAAGCUCCCACUGAUGAUGACGUCAAACGACGACUUGAGCUGUCAAUUCUGGGUGCCAUUGCUCUCCGUGGAUCAUGA